AAUGUUUAACUCCAAGACACGCAAGUCAUUCUCUCCUCUUUUCCUCACACCACAUUUCUCUAUUUAAACACCCCCACUGCACACACCUUUGCCACACACACAGUCUCAGUGCAAAGUUUUUACUUCUCUGCUAGAAUAUAAUUUGUGUUACUCCACAAAGUCCUCUUAAGUCAGUCAUUUCCAAUGGCUCCUUCAGGAAUGGUGAAGCUUGCCUGUGUGGUCCUCAUGUGCAUGGUGGUGACUGCACCCCAUGCCCAAGCUGCUGUAACUUGUGGCACGGUGCUAACCAGCCUCCAACCCUGCCUCGGCUACCUGAGGAGUGGUGGUGCGGUUCCGAUGCCCUGCUGCAACGGUGUUAGGUCCCUCUACAGCGCGGCUAAGACCACCGCGGACCGCCAAACUGCCUGCAAUUGCCUGAAGUCUGCUUCUGGCCAAGUUGGUGGUAUCAACCCCGGUUAUGCUUCUAGCCUCCCCAAAAGCUGUGGUGUCAAUAUUCCCUAUAAGAUCAGCCCCAGCACUGACUGCGCCAAGGUGAAGUAAGCUAGGAGGAAAGAGUGAGAUUCCUGCAUGCCGCAGGAUGAAGCUAGUUGUUAGCGUCUAAAUAAAGAUGGGGAUGAAGUCUAUUGUGUGGUUUGGCACUUGAGUGAGCGAGUCUCCAGUUUUCAUCGUCCUAGUGUGUCUAAUUAGUCUCUCUAGUCCUAGUUGCAGCUCAUUAUCAUCUAGUUGGUGAUUUUAGGAUGCACAUGUUAUCUGUAACCGCUAUUUUAGUAAUGCUUUAGAUGCA